CGCGACCAGUUGUGUUAUUAUCACUGGGGGCGGGUCCGCUCGAGCCAGGUGGCUGGAGGCCGGGUUAGCCAGUACACCUGCUGUGCAGCUGCUCCUGGCUCUGUGGGCUGCCAGGUGGCAAAGCAGCACGUGCGGGACGGCCGCAAGGAGAGCCUCGAUGGCUUCGUGGAGACCUUCAAGAAAGAGUUGUCCAGAGACGCUUAUCCAGGAAUCUACGCCUUGGACUGUGAGAUGUGCUACACCACGCAUGGCCUAGAGCUGACCCGCGUCACCGUGGUGGACGCCGACAUGCGAGUGGUGUACGACACCUUCGUCAAGCCCGACAACGAGAUCGUGGACUACAACACCAGGUUUUCCGGAGUCACCGAGGCCGACGUCGCCAAGACGAGCAUCACGUUGCCCCAAGUCCAAGCCAUCCUGCUGAGCUUUUUCAGCGCCCAAACCAUCCUCAUCGGGCACAGCCUGGAGAGCGACCUGCUGGCCCUGAAGCUCAUCCACAGCACCGUGGUGGACACGGCCGUGCUCUUCCCGCACUACCUGGGUUUCCCCUACAAGCGCUCCCUCAGGAAUCUCGCGGCCGACUACCUGGCACAGAUCAUCCAGGACAGCCAGGACGGCCACAACUCCAGCGAGGACGCAAACGCCUGCCUGCAGCUGGUGAUGUGGAAGGUCCGACAGCGCGCCCAGAUCCAGCCACGCCACCGGUCCGCCUCUCCCGCCGCCCUGGCCUGUCCUUAG